GUUCAACUUUGUUCUAAAACAGCGAUGUCAACGCAAGCAAGCUUUGAGAGGGAUAGCAGCAACCGACGUUAUGGGUACACGUGCUCCUAAAGAAGGACCUGUGUCAUGGCUGGCUUGCUGGGAAUUGCAAGCGUUCAGGAGGCAGAUGGACGUGAUUCGGGAGAGCUUCUAGGAGACGAGGAACUGCGAAGCACUCCGGCCAACAAGGUUCGCAGUGCUGCAGCCCAGCAGCGGUUGGCUGUGCGUGAGUAUCGUGAGGCUUAUCGGCUCCGACCUCGAGAUGCUGAGACAAAGGACAGAUUGCAUUCGGCAUGCGCUGUGCUGAGACGUCUGCAGGCUUUGGUGGAUGGCCCGAAAAGGAUUCCCAUGCGAAGGUUCCUGGCACACUACAAUUUGAGCAUCAGAUACUGGGACAUGGGAGAGGCCAGACAAGCCAUCGAUGAAGCCCACAAGGCUCGUAAGGAACUUGAAAAGCACAGCCUUCCACGAGGAUGUGCAGAGCACAACUUGCUGCUGAUGAUGCAGGUCUACACAGAAUUUAAGCAGGAGCAAAAGAAGCUUGAAGAUGCUCUCCACCGAUCUCCUGAGGCGGUUGGACCAAACUACGACAUGGGAAUCCACUUUUUUGACAAAAGGAUGCUGCGGCGGGCUGAGGCUCAGUUACGCCUUGCCAGAGAUCGCGCUCGGACCGGCACAGCUUUGCAGCUUGUGGAGCAGGAUAUGCUGAGUCUUCAGGCUUCAGCAGAUGACAAUCCCCUCGCUCCCGCUGAUGGAAAGAAGGCUGUUGCUGCACAGUCCCGUGGCGCUGGGCGCAUGGUCCAGCUGCUGCAGGAUAUCGAGGAUGAUUUGACUUUUAUCUCCCGGCUAAAGCAACUAUGGUGUGUGGAGGAAGAUUCGGGCAAGGCAGACGAACUUCAGGAAACUGGCGUUCGUGACGGCUUGAUGCCCCAACUUCUUCCGUGUAUGCACUGCCGAUACUCGCAGGACAGAUCAGCGUGCGACGCUUGGUUAGCAGACCUGAGUGUCAGAACUGACAUAUGCCUGCAGGCUGGAAGACAUGCGCGAGCGUGUCUCAAGUGACAGUCCCAAAGCCGGUCGAUUCUGCAUGAUGCAUGUUAGUCAGACUAGAUGAGGAUGACUGGUAGUCUUUUAGUGCACCUCCAGAUAGGAUGACUGGUAGUUUUAUGCUUCGAGCGUAGGCCCUUGGACUUGCUGGCAAGGAAGCUUGCCCAUGCAGUCCAUUUAAUUCGUAAGUUCGGCUGACUUUUGCAACC